AUAACAGAACACAGUCCUACCAAAUGUCCACCAUGUUGUCGACAGUCGUGUUUCUGCUUCUCUGCCAUUAUGCAGUGUCCCAAUCCCGACCCUCUUGUCCACGAACUCCACGAAAUAACACAGCACUAUGAUGACCGUUUGUGUCAGCAUCUCCUGACAAUUGACUGCAGCACACACGUGGUGCAUGGCCACUCUGAGAGACUGUGUGGGACAGAUGUGGUGCAGUACAAUAACUUCUGUGUCUUUGCCCAUGCGAGAUGCAAAGACCAUUCGCUGUCCAUGCUGAAUAAAGGAGACUGUCCCCUGCCAGUAGUUGCACCUUCUGGUUUUAUACCGACUACUGAUGGCAAGCCAACUACAGGUGGUAUGUUGAGUACUGAUGGCAUGCUGGCUACUGGUGGUAUGUUGAGUACUGAUGGCAUGCCAACUACUGGUGGUAUGUUGAGUACUGAUGGCAUGCCAACUACUGGUGGUAUGUUGAGUACUGAUGGCAUGCCAACUACUGGUGGCAUGUUGGCUACUGGUGGCUUUCCGACUACCGAUGAUAUCCCGACUACUGGUGGCGCCCCAACUACUGCUGCCGUUACAUCUGUUAAACCUACCGGCGUGGACCCAGCAUUUGCCGUCAUCAAAGAUGUGUUCUGUAACAACAUCCAUCAAAUCGACUGCGGAACGGCCGUCACAGCCGACAUCUGUGGAAAUGAUGGCAAAAUCUACAAAAGCCAAUGCAUGUUCUCCAAGACGAAGUGCUUCAAGGUUGACCUUGAGGUAGCAGAGGCCUCCACGUGUGGGGAGAAAGGCAUGCCAGUCAAGACUACGCCCAGCUCAUAGUCUCUACAUCUGCGAGCUCCUGUGUCACACGCAAAACUAUACCAUUAAAACAUGAAUAUAGCU